UAAAUCGUCAACGGUAUUCGGUAUUCCUUAACUUUUUUAGUCCUUUAGCAAAGAGUCGACGCGUUGAAUAGGAAGCGUGGAAAUAUGUCGGUCGUGGUAUCGGUGGAUUCGGUACAGAAAGGAAAACACAGUGGCAGAUUUCCGACGGCCUUGACGGCUCGCACGUUUCGCAGCGGGCGUCCGUAGGAAAGUGACGUCUUCCACGCUAGCAGAUCUAUCCGUAGGUGUUGCCUCUACCUCCGAGCGAUCGUGAUCGGGAUCGCGUAUAGGUGAGAGGCCUCUCCGCCGACAGGGUGUCCCGUUAGGGGACCUAGAAGGCCCAGAAGGGGCCACACAGCCAAUCGUAUCAACCUGGUUCCGAACAUACCGGAACGGAUCCUCGACCGACGAGGAUCGCGCUCGAUCGGGUCAACCGGUGCGAUUCGCGUUGUAUCUUCGCGUCCGUUGAGUUCAUCGUGCGACAAGAAAAUGGGAGCCUCCCUAUCGAGACGUUGAUCGAAGUCAGUCCCUUUGCCACGAGGACCUCGCAAAGGAUCCAGCCAUGAGCCGCACAGGAUACACGUGCAUCAGGCACGUCUUCUGCUCCCUCAACGUUCUUAUCUGGUUAUGCGGUUGCGGAAUUUUGGGUGCAGGCCUCUGGCUGCGAUUGGCUUACUCCGGAUACACGACCCUGGUGCCGCGUUUGAGUUUCGCGUCAGCUGACUCGCUUCUGCUGGCUGCCGGUUGCCUGACCUUCGUCAUCGCCUUCUUCGGAUGCUGCGGUGCCUGGUUUCAGUCCAGAUGCAUGCUGAUCACGUACUUCGGAUUGGUGAUACUGAUGUUCCUGGUCGAGUUCAUGUUCGGCACGCUGGCCCUCAUCUUCAGGGAGCACCUCGCUAAAAGCUUGAAAACGGAGCUGUUGUUCGGCAUCGAGAAACAUUAUAAUCUGACCAGGGAACCCGGAAUGCUUCCCGCUAUAUGGGACCACAUACACACGGAGUUCCAUUGCUGCGGCGUGCGGGACUACACCGACUGGUAUCAGAUCGACGCAUGGCCGACGGAGGAUCGUGUUCCCGACUCUUGUUGCAUUCAAAGGGAACGAUACUGCGGUCGCCUGGACCCGGAGGGACGUAACAAGGAGCUCUGGUACAAGGAAGGUUGCGCUCACGCUAUUCAAAUGUGGCUGGUGACCAGGCUUCACGUGGUCGGUACGGUGGGUCUCGUGGUCGCGUUCCUUCAGCUGUUCGGACAGGUGGCCAGCAUGAUACUGUUCUGCACCGUCAGGCACAAGAGAUCCUCCCACACGUACAAGAGCUACGACACCACGAACACCUAGAAUUUCAGAUGGAUCUUGGACGAAACGAGCGUCUAAGAUCCACGGGAAAACGAUCUACUCGCCAACGAUCACGAUCUUCUUCGUCGCGGCUGAAGAAGAUUUCGAUCGUUCGGACGCUCCGUCGAGCGGGAUCCGAAUCCCUCUAAAAAAAGUUUCUUCGUUGCCUUCUGAUAAGAUACUUUGUCGCGCCGAGACGUAGCCCCCCCGUUUCCAUUGCGUCGUUAAAUUCGAGAAAGUGGGGCAUAAAUGUUUGACGAGCGACACGUGAACGUCCAGUCACGAGUGUAACGGUCGUUGCUCUUGACGAACGACGUUUCAAUGAUAAAAGCUCGGAAUUGCGAACUAUAGUGACGAGUCGACGACUGUGCGCGUACUGUCCCAGAAACGAAACGGAAGUGACUGCCGUCACGGAGCCCAAUUUCGAUGUUUGAAGCGGUUUGGACAGAUGUAUUCGAGAGAAUCGUUUUAUGUUAUUCUGCAUGCGAGUUUGUUUAUCCACUGCGUAACGUUAUCACACACUGCGUAUACCAAAAUCGCUUUUUGUACAACCAGGCUUCCAGCGAUCGUUUCGCGUGCAACUUGUCCAUUGAUUUGUCCGCUUCUGUUACGCGCAUUAACGCGCCUGGUUGCGCAAACGCACAAGUAUUUCUACUCGUUAUCGUUUAAGAUCGGACCACACGCUCCCGCGGGAACCCUGGAACCGCGCUCCUCGAGAUUUCGUUUAGCUUUAAAUCCCCGGGAGGCGUCGGUCGGACAUUUCUUUUCUCGUAUAUUUAUUUUAUUAUACACACCGUCGUGUAGUUGGUAAUCUAGCAGCACGAAACGUUUACUAAUUCUUUAAGGGACCAUGGUUCGACAGGGCAGGGCUUCUUAAAUUCCCUUUGUCCUCCCAUUUAUUAACUCCUGAUUGUUGAAAAUCUGUAGACACUGUUCCUAACUUGGAAUUAUCUAAUUCAGAUAUGAAUCAGAUAUUACGAAUAUCGUAUGCAAUCGACGUAUCUUUCUUUGCUGUGUUUUUAAGUGCACGCGAUCUUGAAGAAUGUUAAACCCUUGGGAGAUCGCGAUAGUUGAAGAAGCUCUGCGAUAAAGUAUGCGAACGAUGAAAGCGAAUCGUACGAUUGCAUUGCGUUGCAUCAGAAACGUUGUACGUGUAUUGUUUGAUUAAUAAAUAAUAUAUUUA